AUGAAAAUAUUAUUCUGGUUGAUCUCGUAGUGUUAUUUGUGGUUACCUCGAAAAAUUUAGAAGUCUGUAUAAAAAUCUUUAUUGUUACAACAGGGUAUUGAUUAAACCCAAAAAGUAUAAUUUCAAAAUUAAACUAGAUUGAGUUUUCAAAUGGAGAAGUAUAAAAGAUCACCAAUUUUGAAAUUGCAAGCAAUAAUAUCAAAUUAAUUAGUGUAUGGAAAUGUUUUACUUUUUUAGAUUAAUACUAUUAUAGCGAUAUUUAUUUAAAAAAUAAUAAGCAUUGAGAAUAUUAUAGUACUUGGAAUUCUGAUAAUACUAUUAUCUGGAAAAAGUUAUCAUUAUGAUAAAAAAGAAGAAAUUAUUGUUUAUUACACACUUUUUUGUUAUCUCUUUAAUCUAUUAAUAUCUAUAGUAAAUAUUUUAAUAAUUGCUUUUUAACGAAUGAUAUAAUAAAAUACAAUUAACUCUUAAAAAUGCACAAUAAUAGCUAAAUUUCCAGAUGUUUCAGCCAAAAAACUUUAAAAUUUAAACAUUGAGUAAAUUAAAUAAAUUAUCAUUUUAAUAGAUUACAUUCAUAUGAAACAAUUUCUUGGAGUUAAUUAACAGUUGGUCAUAUUAUUUGUUUAUAAUAAAAUGAGUAGAGUCCUGCUGAUUUAUUGAUUCUUGAUUCUAGCAAAGAAUAGGUUUUAAUAAACUUUGAUUAAAGAACUCCAUGUUCUUGCACAUUUGUUAGCUUAAAUUAAACGAUAAAAGGAAAUAUAUUAGACUUUAAAACAAAAUUAAGUGGGACUAUUUAAUUCACUAUUACAGACCUUUAAAUAUAAGGUACUAUAAAAUUGAAAAAUGAUCCAAAACUUACUCCUUUUACUAAAAAGAAUAUGAUUUAAAGAGGAGAAAUAUUGGAUUCAGUUGAUUGGAUAUUUGGUAUGGUAAUUAGAGUAGGGAAUGAUUGUAUAGCUUAAUCUAAUUUCUCUAAUGAAAAUUUCAUGCAUUCUAGUUGGAUAAAUAGUAUUUAUUAGGAAAUAAUAUUUAUUUGCAUUAUUUUGCUUUUAAUUAUAUUUGUUCCAAAUAUCAUUUAUUAUUCAUUUUAAUCUUAUGAGAACUAUUUUUUUAGCAGUAUUACUUAUUGUUUAUUAAUAAUCCCUUAAAAUUUAUUAUGGUUGAAUUAAUUAUGGUUUCUUAUUAAUAUGAUAAUAAACAAUAGAAUUUUUAAUAAACAUUAAAAUAACCCUAAUGGUUAAUAAAGUUCUAUUUAUAAUUUAUCUAGUGAAAUAAGUGAAAAUCAAAUAAUUUCUGAAAAUGAUAAAAAAGUGCUAUUACCAAUUUAGAAGCAAUUUAAGAUAAAUCUUUUACCAGUUAAACAAGUUGAAUUUGCUGUUAAUAAAAAAAAGAAAAAAGUUUUCAAAGGAUUUUUAACAUUUUCAGCAAAAAAUAUCUUAGAUAUGAUAAAAGGAGAUAUGAUCUUAUUAGAUAAUCCAUAAUAAAUAUUUAAAGAUAAACCAUAAAUAAUGUAAAUAAUUACUAAAAAUUAAAAAUAAUAUAUUUUUAAUUAUACUAAAUUAUAAGAAUUAGUCAAAAAGGCAUCUCCUACAUUAAAAAAAAAUUAUGAAAAGUUAAUAAUUGAUACAAAUAGAUAGUAAACCAAUGAUGAAUAGAAAAUACAGGAUUUAGAUUAUUUAUUAGCUGAGAAAAAAAUGCCAGAUUUAAGAAAUUCUAAUGAAGGUCUACAUUAAAUUAAAAAACUCUAAUUGACAUCUAGGGAGGAACUUGAAAAUAAAACAUUAUUAGGUGUAUAAAAACAAUAAUUGCCAAAAAAAAAAAGUACAAGAUAUAUCUUUGAUUAAUCUUUUGCAUAAAAAUCAUCAGAGAGAAUUGACUCUAUGAAAGAUCUUAAUAAAUAAAAUAAUAAUGCCUCUAAUAGCAAUAUUACACCACCAGGUUCUUUAUAGAAAUAAAGAAGCUAAUUUUUUGGGAGAGGAGGAACUUUAAUAAAAUAAUUUAAUAAUAAUUCUUCUCACUAAACUUCUCUAAUUAAAUAAAAUGAAGAAUAAGGAACAGACAGAUUAAUUGGAGAUUAUUUUAAUGAAUAAGAUUUUAUUGAUCAGUUGUAUAAAAAGGAUGAUACUCUUCAUAAUGAAAUUUUAUUGAUGAUUUUAAUUACUAACAAUAUUUUAAGUGUUUUUGAUGAUCAAACUAGAAAACUCUAAUUUUAAUUUGGGAAUAAAUUUGAUGAAUCAUUAUUAGAAUUCACAAAAAUUUUCAACUAUUAAUUAUUAUGCAGUACUGAGAUUGAAAAUUCAAGAUUAGAUUAUAAAUUAAAAAGUUAUAUAAAAAAAGUAAUUUCUAUUGAAAAUUAAGUGAAAGUCUUUGAAAUUUUGGCUUUUUUAGAGCCUACAGAAAAUAGAAAAAAUACUCUAUCUGUUUUGGUAAGGGAUCCUGAAUCAUUUUUAUUAGAAGAGGGUUCAAUUUUAUAUACAAGAAUUUAGACUAAUGAAUUAAAAGAUAAUAUUAAAGGAAAUAAUGAUUCACUUAAUAAAAAACCAGAAUAUUAUUACUAAUAUAACGAAUAACUAUAAGAAUUAUUAUGGGAUGGAUAAUCAACUUUUAUAUACACAAAACGUUAGUUGAACCAUGAUCAAACAUAAGAAUUUUUAUAAAAAUUGUCAUAAUUGCAUGAUGCUUAUGGAAACAGAUCUUCAGAAAUUGAAAUCGAAUACUAAAAAUUAGAAUAAUAAAAUGAAAUUUUUUUUUGCAUAGGCAUAAGAUCAGGUUAUCAUAGUAACUAAAUUCAAAUUUCAUAGAAUGAAUUAAAUGUAGACUCUUUGAAAGAAGAUAAGCUUUUUUAAUCUCUCUCUAUGUAAAAUAUCAAAAUCUGCUUAACUACAUCAAAGUCUUAUGAAGAUUUGAUUAUAUUUCUUAGAUCACAUUAAGUUGCUUAAAAAGAAUAGAUUGUUCAUUUUUAUGAAAAAGACAUUUAACAGUUAUAAUUUAGGUUUAGAUAGUAAAUUUAAUAUAUGUUAGAAGAGCAAGAUAUUAUGGGAUGCGAUACAUAAAGACAUUUAGAAAAGUAUAUAAUAAUUAGUAAAUAAUCAUUCAAAAUAAUUUUGUAAGAUGAUUAUCUAAAAUAUCAUUUUGUUUUCAUCACUUAGUUUGCUAAUGGUUUAGGAGCAUAUGAAUUUAAUGGUAAAUGCAAUGGAUAGUUAAUCAAAUUAUUAAAAUUAAACAAUAAAAAAAUUAUUGCUAUAGGUAACUCUUUACAAAAUAAUUAUUUAUUUAAUAAAUCAGAUAUUAGUUUUACUUUGGCUUAAAAUAAUCCAUUCUAUUGCAUCACUCAACCUAAUUUUGUUGUUAAAAAUAUUAAACAGAUAUUUUAGUUAUUGUUCUUUUACUGUACUCAAUGUUUAUAAAAUUACAUUUCCUUAUUGGAAAUUCAAAUAUACAGAAGUAUUUUAAUAGGAUUAUCAGUUUUUGCUAUAAGUUUUUCUUAAAGUGAUAUAGACUUAUUUAAUUUAAUAAUAUUUUUUCUUAUUCCAAGCAAUUUGUUCACUUCUAUUUUUUAAUAAUAUUUGCUCAUAACAUAAAUAGAUUAUGAUAAGAAAUAUUUCAAUAGUUUUACAAAGAGAUUGUUAAUAUUAAAAAAUGAAAAUAUUCUUAAAUAGGUAUGUAAAAUUAUAAUAAUUGCAAUUUUUGAUUCAUCAUUUGUAAUUUUAUUGGAAAAGGCAAUUAUAUAAUUAACAUAUCGUAAUGGAAUGAUAAACUAAACAAAUUAAGUUGUUUUGCUAUAUAUUGGUAUUGAACUUUUAGAGAAAAGUAAAUUAUUAUUUAUUGUUUUUGAUAUGUUAAAUGAUAUUUUGUUUAAAAUUAAACAAAUUCUUAUAAUUGUGUUUUUAACAUUGAUUUUGUGCAUUUCUUAUUUGUUAGUUUAAUCAAUUUAAGAUGAUUAGAAGAUUUCAUUAUAAUUCAAUAAUUUAGGAUUAUUAGUUUUUACAUUCAUGACGAUAUUUUUAGUUGGUUUGUCAUUUAUUAUUUAUUAAAUACUUCAAAUUAAUAAUAUAGAAUUUUCAAUUCCCAUAAAUAAUGCAUAAUUAGAAAUUCAUAUGAAAGAGAUUAAUAAUAUUAAGUAAAACCUCAACUUUGAAACUAACGAGAAAGGACAACUUUAAUAUAUCAAGAAAAUGAUAGAAACAUUAUUUGAAAACAAGGACAUAGUUGAUGAAUAAAUCACAAAAUUAAUUAAAGUUGAUUAAACAGCUAUUGAUUUUAUGGAUAAAAAGCAUGGUUUUUAUGAUAGGAGAACUGAGAAUGAUUUUAUGGAUUUUUUUAGAUAACAAAAUUGGUAAAAGUACAGUUUGUCUUAUGUAUUUAUAUUCUAUGAAGUAACCAUUUUUAUUAUUCGCCUUUAUGAAACAAUGAUGAAUAACUUUUCCAUAUCAAUCUUAAUAAUAAUAAUUAUCUAAUUAUUGAUGUAAUUGUUGAUUGUUAUAUUAUAAUUCAAAUUCAUUAAUAAUAAAACUUCGCACUAAUAAUUGUAAAUAUUAUCAUUUGGAUUGCGAUUUGUUUUUAAAAUCUUAAUAGAUUUAUUGUAUUUAAAUGAGAGUAAAGAAUUUACUGCUUUCCUAUAUCAUACUUUAUUUAUUAUAUCAUUUGCUCUCACAACAUAGCCAAAGAUAAAUAUUUAUUUAUAUGCUGCUUUAUAAUUGAUAAUGUAUCUUUUUAAUUUAAUAUUGGAUGGAUUCACAAUUAAAUUUGACAAUAUUAAUGAAGCAAUAUUUUGUAUUUUAAAAUACUUUUUUAUACUCAUCGAGAUAUCCUACCCUAUAUUUAAUUACAUACAGAAAAUACAAUUCUUAUAAAGAUCAUCAUAUGUUUAUUAAAAUAGAUUAAGUAAGGAAUAAAAGAAAAUUAAUAGUAUUUUGGGUUUAUUAAUGCCUAGAUUUAUACAAGAAAGAAUGAACAAAGGAUAAAUAUAAAUAUCAUAAGAUCAAGGAAAUGUAAGUGUGUUAUUUUGUGACAUUUACUAGUUUGAUAAAGUAAUUAAAGACUAAUAAGAAAAAAUAAUAGAAUUUUUAGACACUAUAUAUCGAGCAUUUGAUUAAUUGUGUUAAAACUAUGAUUUAUAAAAAAUUGAAACUGUUGGGAAAACUUAUAUGGCAGCAGGAGGACUAAAAGAUUAUGAUGUUGUGAUAAGUAUGUUGAAGUUUGAUUAUUUUAGAUUAAAAAAAUGUGAAUAGUACUUCAAGAGCUCUUGAAACAGCAAUUUAAAUGAUGGAAACAGUUAAAACAAUGAAAUAUGGAGAUAAUUAAGAUGUUUAAUUGAAAAUAGGAAUACAUUAUGGUAGAGUGAUUGCAGGUGUUAUAGGAGUUCACAAACCUUAGUUUUCACUUAUAGGAGAUACAGUUAAUACAACAAGUAGAGUAUGCAGCACAGGUGAAGCUGGAUAUAUUACUUUAAGUGAGGCUGCAUAUUUAAAUAUAAAGGAUAAUACUAAAUAUUAAUUUGAAAAAAGAUCAGUAGCUGCUAAAGGAAAAGGGAUGAUUGAAACUUAUAAAUUAAUUAUUUAAUAAAAAGAAUUGACACGUACAUUGACUCCAAAAGUAUCUACUUUGGAACAUUAAGUUAAAAAUCAUAUCUAAACUAAAGAAACAAAAAAGUUACUUAAUUUUAAAUCAUCAACGGAUAAAAAAAAUAUUUUAAAAAGACCUUCUAUUUAACCUGCUUAAAUUGGAGCUUUAAUGUUGAGUGAUCAUACAAAAUCUCCAAAGGUUGUUAUAAGGUAGUUGCAUAGAGAAACUUAAUCUUCUAUUAUGCCAAAUAUGAUUUUAAAAUAAAAGCCAUCAGCAGAACAUGAUUAAGAUGUUAAACGUUUGAAUUCUAUCAAAUCUAAAUCAUUUAAUUAAGUAACAUAAUUUUAUUUAUUUUAAGAAUGAUGAUAUUUAAAUUAAGGAUAUUAACCAUUCUAGUAAUGCAAAGACUCCAGGAUUUAAAAAAAAUUGGAUAUAAAAACGUCCAAGUGCUUUGGAUAACAUUUAACCAAAUAUUUUAACAAUACCAAAUAAUUAAUAAGAUUCAGUUACAUAAAUUUAAUUGCCGAUAGAUUAAAAGCCUUAAAAUUAGGUUGUAUCAUAAUCUUGCUAAUAAUAAAUAUUUUAAUCUGGUGUGAAUCUAUCUCAUUAAUCAAAUCAAUAGUAAUUUUUAAAUUCAGCUGAUUAAUUAUUAAAGUAUUCUGAUUAAUUCAAUGAUAAUAAUAAACAAGAAGGUUUUAAUUUUAUUCCUAGACCACAAAUUAAGAAAAAAGGAACUAUAAUCUUAGGAGAGAUAAUUUAAAAAAAAUAAAUUAUAAAAUCAAGCACAAAAAUAAUACUUCCAGAAGAAAAAAAUUAAAUUGUUAAAAUAUCUGGUGUUGGGGGUGAUAGCGAUUCUUAUAUGGAUAAAAAAUAAAUCAGAAACUAAAGAUCUUUGAAAUUACAAUAGCUUCAAGAUUCUAGUUCUGCUUUAAAAAGAAGUCCUGAAUCUAAAAAUGAAAAAUUAGAAGAAUUAGAAAUAGCUAAGAAAAAGUUGAUUAUCACAUCUGAAUAGAAGUUUGACUAUUAGACAUUAGAAAAAAUAAAGAAAUUUAAACUUGAUUAUGAUGAAAAAACUACAUUUGAAUUUGAUAAAAGUUAAUUUAAAAACAAUGAUCAAUAAUUAUACCAUUCUAUAUACGAAGAAUAUAAAGAAUAAGAAAAAUUAUAGAUGAGAUAUAUUUUGAUAUUUUUAACAAGCUUUAAUUUGUGUAAAGGUUUACUACUAUUUAUAAUAAGUUAAGAAUUUAAUCAUAAAUAGAUUGAAUUAUUAAUAGUUUAAGUUUGCCAAUUUAUUAUAUGUUUGAUAGUGACAAUAUUUUACUCAAUGAUUUUAGAUAAUAUUAACCAAGAGAUAUUAAAAAUAAUUAUUUGGAUAUACUAUUUGAGCUAUGGUAGCCUAUCUUUAUUAAUUAUUUAAUUUGAGAAAUAGGAAGAAUUUGAAGUAAUUUUGUAAACAAUUACAAUAACUGCUUUGUAUAUAAAUAUUUAUCUUUCAUAAAUAUUAAAUUAUGAGGAUAGAUAGAGAUUUAGUGCAAUAUUUAUAAUAUUGAUAGCAAUAAUGAUAGUAUAUGAAGUCUAUAUUUUAGAAUUAAUAAUUUAUGAAUUGGGAAUAGCAGGAUUAAGUUAUUUUAGUUCAACUUAAGAGAAGGAGUUAUUGUUUAAAAAUUAUUUAAUAAGUUUAUAGUUAUCAACUUAAAUUGCAAAAUAUGAAAAUAUGCUUUAAUAUUUAAUGCCUCCUCAUGCCUUAAGAAGAUUAUUAAAUCCAGAUUAAGAAUAUACAGAUACAUUUAUGGAUGUUUUAGAAAAUACAACAGUAUUAUUUGCAGAUAUAGCUGGUUUUACAAAAUAUUCAAGUUCAGUGGAAGCAGAAACAGUAGUAGAUAUGUUGAGAAACUUGUUUUCAAAUUUUGAUUAGUAUUGUUAGAAAGCAGAGAUUUAUAAAUUGUUUACAAUAGGGGAUUGUUAUGUAUGUAUGGGUGUGCUUGAUUGUAAGAAAAGAGACCCUGCAGGAGAAGUAAAUUUUUAGAUAUGAAAAUAGGCCUAAAAAGUAUUGGCAUUUGGAUUUAGUAUGAUUGAAAUAAUCAAUCAUUAUAAAGAAGAUCCAUAAUAUUAGCAUCUUAAUAUGAGGAUUGGAGUUCAUACAGGUAGAGUUUUAGGAGGUGUUGUUGGAACAGAUGUUGUUAGAUAUGAUAUUUAUGGAGAAGAUGUAACUAUAGCAAAUUUAAUGGAAUCCUCAGGAUAAGUAAUUAAUAAAUAUAUUUUAGGAAGGUAAAAUACUAGUUAGUGAAAUCACUAAAAAUUUAGUUGAAAGCGAAUAUGAAGGUUUCUAAUUUGAUUAUGCAAAAGAUGUUUAUCUUCCUUCAAAAAAUAUAAACAUCUCUACUUAUUUUGUUUAACCUAGUGAUAUAGAGCAUAGUUAAAAUGAUUGA